AUGACUCUGACGCUUCUCCUCCUCAUGACCCUGACGCUUCUCCUCCUCAUGACCCUGACGCUUCUCCUCCUCAUGACCCUGACGCUUCUCCUCCUCAUGACCCUGACGCUUCUCCUCCUCAUGACCCUGACGCUUCUCCUCCUCAUGACCCUGACGCUUCUCCUCCUCAUGACCCUGAUGCUUCUCCUCCUCAUGACUCUGACGCUUCUCCUCCUCAUGACCCUGAUGCUUCUCCUCCUCAUGACUCUGACGCUUCUCCUCCUCAUAACCCUGACGCUUCUACUCCUCAUGACCCUGACGCUUCUCCUCCUCAUGACCCUGACGCUUCUCCUCCUCAUGACCCUGACGCUUCUCCUCCUCAUGACCCUGACGCUUCUCCUCCUCAUGACUCUGACGCUUCUCCUCCUCAUGACCCUGACGCUUCUCCUCCUCAUGACUCUGACGCUUCUCCUCCUCAUGACUCUGACGCUUCUCCUCCUCAUGACGAUGACGCUUCUCCUCCUCAUGACUCUGACGCUUCUCCUCCUCAUGACCCUGACACUUCUCCUCCUCAUGACCCUGACGCUUCUCCUCCUCAUGACCCUGACGCUUCUCCUCCUCAUGACCCUGACGCUUCUCCUCCUCAUGACUCGUGACGCUUCUCCUCCUCAUGACUCUGACGCUUCUCCUCCUCAUGACCCUGACGCUUCUCCUCCUCAUGACUCUGACGCUUCUCCUCCUCAUGACUCUGACGCUUCUCCUCCUCAUGACUCUGACGCUUCUCCUCCUCAUGACCCUGACGCUUCUCCUCCUCAUGACUCUGACGCUUCUCCUCCUCAUGACCCUGACGCUUCUCCUCCUCAUGACCCUGACGCUUCUCCUCCUCAUGACCCUGACGCUUCUCCUCCUCAUGACCCUGACGCUUCUCCUCCUCAUGACUCGUGA